UCGUCCCUUAUAAGCCCUCCGCACCUCUCUUUCCAAAGCGGCCGUGGCGCUCCACAUUCAAGUCCUGGUUGACUACGUCCACCCACCUGCCUCUGCCACUCUGGAUCUCUCUCUCCCUCUUCUCUCAGCCUCUCUGGCGCUGUGAGCGCCGCCCUCGGUCCCAGCCGUUCUGGUACCUUCGAUCAUCUCAACCAUGACUUCCGACUCCCUCCGGACGCGUCGAGCGCGUCCCAGCCAAGUCAAAACUGACCUGGGUCCCGACACCAACGUUGUCGUUGUUUCCAGCUCCCUUAUGAGGACCUCGUCCAUCUCGCCCGCCUCCCAGCAUGGCUCACCCGCCCAGUCGGUCGAGACCGUUGGGACGGCGCUGACCUCGGGAAGCUCAUUACAAAACUCCCCCGAGCCGCUCGAGCCUCUCCCGGAGAAGGCUCUCGACGAGAUUGACCCGUGGGCUCCGACCUUCCAACUUCCAGAACCUGUCGGCGGCAAGCCACUGGUUGACCCAGUUGCGCCUCAGCUGUCGCACAAGACCAGCACAUCCUCGCUGUACCAGGCCACCGUCAAAUCCCCUGGAACGACGUCCACGGGCGAGGCUGUGAAGAUGAGCCUCGUCCGCCGGGCGUCGAAUUCCGUCCGCAGCAAAGCCGCCGUGCUCAUGAACAGACGGCCGUCGUCAACCAACUCGAGGAGCCGGGAUGCGAGCGUGGGCCCCGGCGUGGUGCGCCGCAGGGGAAGCAUGAGCAACCCGAGCGUACCCUUGGAGAACGUCAGCCCCUUCGAAAGCGAAUCUGAGGUCGACACCGGUGCUCCGGCUGAGGAACGGUGUGGCAGCGAUGGAUCCCUCGCCGAGUCUGGUCCGCAGGGUUCCGCGACUCCUUCCGACGGCUUCGGGUUGAUCCCGCUCGCCCUUCGCCAGGGCAUGACCCUGACCAAAGUCACCAAGAAAAAGAGCACCAAGAGAAUCAUGGUGUACCUCGAUCCCGAUUCGGCUAAGAUCUGGUGGGACAGGAAUCGGUCCUCAAAAUCGGUGUACAUCGACGACAUCAAGGAGAUACGCACAGCAGAAGACAUACGGCAGUACCGGCUCGACGCGGCGCUGCCCGAAGCCGUGGAGAAGCGUUUCUUUUCGCUGAUCUAUACGCUUCCCAACAAGCCGGGCACCAAGACGUUGCACCUCAUCGCGGACACGGACAAGUCGUUCCAGCAGUGGGUCCAGGCCCUCGAGACCAUCACCAAGCACCGACAGGACUUCGCGACGAGUCUGAUGUCGUUCCAUGACAAAGCCGUCCGUGCGUAUUGGGGGAUGGAGAUGGACAAGCAGCUGGGGAAGUUGCGUUCCCCCGAGGACGAGCAUAUCGACUUUGCCGGCGUCGAGCGCGUAUGUCGGAGCCUGCACAUCCACGUCUCCACCGAGCAGCUGCGCAGGACAUUUGACCUGGCCAAGGGCAGACGAGCCAGCUCGGACGACCUGCCGUCCAGCCAGAGCCGCAGUGGUCGUCUCAAUUUCGACGAGUUCCUUGAAUUUGUGCGGCUCAUGAAGACGCGCGAGGACAUCCGGCGCGUGUAUCAAGCGCACACUAGCGAUGCCGAAGGUGGAAUGACCAAGGAUGAGUUUUUCCAAUUCUUGCGCCAGGUGCAGGCCGAAGACGUCGACGACGACUUGGCCUACUGGGAGACCGUCUUUGCGCGCUUCUCCCGCAAGGGCAGGCCGAGGGACGUCGAGAAGCAGUCCCUUGCCGGCGAGGAGAGCUCGACCAUGUCCGAGGCUGCCUUCUCCAGCUUUCUCACGUCUACAUGGAACGACGUCAUUCCUAAGGAGCCGCAGAACUACGUUCUCGACCGGCCGAUGAACGAGUACUACAUUUCGAGCUCGCACAACACCUACUUGCUCGGCCGGCAGGUUGCCAGCGCCUCGACUCAUGAGGGCUAUAUAUCGGCGCUCAUGCGGGGCUGCCGCUGUGUCGAAAUAGACUGCUGGGAGGGCCAAGACGGUCAACCGGUUGUGAUGCACGGCCACUCGCUGACGACCCGCAUCUCAUUCCUCGAGGUCAUCAGAACCAUCAACAAGUACGCCUUCGUCAAGUCGCACUUCCCGUUGUGGAUCUCACUCGAGGUGCGCUGCCCGCCGGCGGUGCAGAUCACGAUGGCGAAGAUCAUGAUCGACGUCUUUGGCGACAAGCUGGUCCGCGCGCCCCUCGACCCCUCCUCGGACCGCCUGCCCUCUCCAUCGGACCUGAUGGACCGCAUUCUCAUCAAAGUGAAGAAGUCGGACGAGUCUAUCAGGACCGUCGAGCGGACCGGACGGCGACGCGGCAACAGCCUGCCGUCGCCUUACCAACGCGCGCUAGCAAUGGAACACGUGCCCGUUCCCUCGCCGCCGAGCCCUCUUCUGAGCCCGGCACUGACCUCUCGGUCUAACCGACAGAUCAACACCAUCACCGAAGGUUUGGUGCACGAGCCAGUCAGCAGCAGCAGCCCUAGUGAGUGCGACAGCGAAGGCGAAGCGAGCGUGGUGAAGAAGGCCACCAGCAAGAUCCACCCUGCCUUGGGCGAUCUGGGCGUGUACUGCAUGGGUAUUCACUUUGACGGAUUCGACAGCCCCGACGCCAAGAAGUUCAACCACAUCUUCUCAUUCAAAGAAAAGACGUUUGCCGAGAAGAGCCAGCCGCCGGCGGGCAAGAGCGCUCUGUACCGCCACAACAUGCGGUACAUGAUGCGCGUCUAUCCCAACGGUGGGCGCAUCAACUCGAGCAAUUUCGAUCCCCUCAUCUAUUGGAAGCGCGGAGUGCAAAUGGCCGCCCUCAACUGGCAGACAUUCGACACCGGCAUGCAGCUGAACCAAGCCAUGUUUGACGGCGGCACUGCUCAGUCGGGUUACGUGCUCAAACCGCUCGAGGGGCGGCAGAUCCAGGUCAUGCCUAAUUUAUCGCCCGACGAGUGUAUUGGCAAGCGGCCGCGGAAGAAGGUUGCGUUCGAGAUCGUCGUCAUCUCUGCGCAGCAGCUAAUGCGGCCUUGGAACCUGGGCGAGAAGCGCACCAUGGAUCCUUACGUCGAGGUCGAGGUGCUGAUGGCAGACGACAAGCGGAACAAAGCGGAUGCGGCUGCGUACGCUGCGGCGCAACAGAUGCAGCUCAAGCAGCGCACCAAGGUCGUCCGCGACAAUGGUUUCAACCCCGAGUUCAACCAGACCUUCUCGUUCGACGUCACCACAAAGUAUCCCGAUCUCAUCUUUGUGCGAUGGAGCGUCAAGCUCAGCGACAAAUCGUCGCCUCUCGCCACGUUCACUGCCAAGCUCAGCAACUUGAAGCAGGGCUACCGCACGAUCCCGUUGCUCAACCACAACGGCGAACGCUUCCUGUUUUCGACCCUCUUUUGCAAGAUCCGAAGAGGGCCGGUAACCGACAUCAUGGUCGCCUACCAAGAGGAUGCUCCGAAAAACGGCAACAAACUCAAGAACAUCGGAAGGAAUGUCUUUAGCCAGACGAACACCAGCCCCAAGUCCAGCAUGGAAAGCGGUCGGACAUAGCUGUCUUGCUUCUCGGUCGCCUCGUUCGCCAUGUUCAUUUGCAGCCGUCACUCUGCGGCAAGCGGAGGAUUCUGCGAUCAUGUAACAACACCAUAUUCCACGGUUUCCUUGCAGCUUUCCAUC